AUGGAAAUCGUCUCAAGAGCAUGGGAAUCUGUAGAUUGGGACCGAAUUCAAACAAGAGUGGAGGCUGAAGUGACAGCACUUGGACAACGACAAGAUGACAGUGAAAUUCGUAAAACACGAUUGGUUGAGGAGAGUAAUGCAUAUAGAGGCAGAACUAAUAAGGACAGUCGAAAGGUGGCGAUCCCUCUGAUCAAGGCAUUUCAAAGCGAGUUUGACGGUCUUCUAGCACGGAGCACAGCUGCUGAAAAUGCACUGAUUGAUAUCUGUAAAUCGAUUGUCAGCCUGCCAGACCCGAAAAGUUUGCUGAAAGGUGCAGAAGCCUGGAAGAACGACGCUGAAAAAACACAAAAAGCAGUUGAAGAACGUGAAGAAUUGAAGCGUCAACUGAUUAAAGUGAAUAACGAAUUGGAAGAUCUUCGUGGAAAGGAUGUUAAAGUACGAAAAUUGAAGGAUAAGCUUGCGAAGUUGGAAUCCGAACAAGACAUUUUUAUCGAAAACGCCGUCAACGAAGUCGAAAAAAAGGCGGAACAAGAGCUUAACGAUCGUCUGACAGAGUUAAUCGCUGAAAAAGAGAAAAUGAAAGAACAAAAUGAGAUUUUGGAGAAGAAUAUGGAUAGUCUCGAGUCGAAGAAUAAGGAUAUUCAAAGAAAACUCGAAAUUGCCAAACAAACUGUCGAGCAGAAGGAUGGGCUCGAGAAUGAGCAACUUUCGAUUGCAAUGAAGGAUUUGGCUGAUGCUAAACACAAAAUUGUAUUUCUCGAGGAACGUGUCUCCCAACUGGAAAAUGAAGCCGAAAAAGUGAAUGAAAGUAAAAAAGCGGGAAAUAUAGAAGAUAUUGCUGCACUUGGAAGUGUUCUUGUACAAAAGGAUGACGUCAUUCAACAGCUCACUAAUGACAUUAAACGACAUGAAGCUUCACACGUCGAAGAGCUCGCAAAAUGGAAAUUGGCAGUUUCGGCGGUCGAAAAGAAGAAUAAAACGUUGAUUGGUGAGCUCAAUGAGCUGAAGAAUCAAUUGGAGAGCCGGAAUGAUUAUGAGGCUAUUAAGAAUGAAUUGAGACUUCUUCGCGAAAUCGAAUUCGGAGAUUCUGCCGAAGCGAACGCCGAAUCAAUUGAACGACUCGGUGAAACUGUGGAGACGCUGGAUCGCCUGCUCGCCGAGAAAAAUCGCCGUCUUCAGAAUGAAAAUGCUAGUCUUCGAGUUGCAAAUGAUGGAUUUAAAGGCGACGAAGUUAUGAAGGCAAUCGUCUCAGGUAGCCAUUCCCGAGUUGUGGAGACUGUUGGAAAACGAGUCGGGGCCGAGGAGGCGAACAGCUAUCGGCAGAAGAAUACGGAUUCUGAACUUAUUGAAAAAAUCCAAGAGGCCAAGCGGAAUAAGGCAGUUUGUGAGCUGAAAUUCGAGGAUCCAACGAUCAAUGUGCUCACCUAUUUGAAGAAUCAGAAAGCUAAGGAAGCUGGGAAACGGGAUGCUCCUACUCCGAUUUUGGCGGCUCCGGUCACUCCGAAGCACGUCACCAAGCUCGGAACUCAUACGAUCACAACGACGGCUCUUCCGCCACGGACACAGACCGCUGAGACGACACAAUCUAUCCUUCAGCGUCUUUCCAAUGGCUCGAACAAGCAUCUGCUGAACGAGGACUUGAAGCUUUCGACGGUGCUCAAUUUGAAGCGAUUCUCGGGAAAUCCGGCGAAACCGUUAGAAGCGAAGACUUCGGAGGAGCAGAAAGCCGAACUGGAGACUAUUGAGAAGAUGCAGAAGCGGAUUCAAGUGAAUGUUCAAGCUUUGAAUGGGCAUCCUCUGAAUACGACAGAAAUUGCAUCUCACUGCAAACGGCUAAUGAUUGCUUACAAUAUUGGUCAACGGCUUUUUGCCAAGCAUGUGAUGAAUCAGGUUGUUAAGUCGCAAGGAUCACUUUCGGAACUUCUCUCGAAACCUCGGCAUUGGAAUAAGCUGACGGAUAAGGGUCGAGAAGCAUUCCGUCGGAUUUAUGGAUGGAUUAGUGACGAUGAGGCUAUCAACUUGCUGUGCUCGCUGAGCCCACGACGAGUUUGGCCGGCGGAUCAAAAUAUUGAGCAUCCGAAAGCCGAGACACUUUUGGACACCUCGGAUCCAAUGGAGUUUAAGGAAGAGCCUGUGAUCCGAUAUGAUGUCACUCCGAAGGUGGAACCAGUUAUUGAGAAGAUUAAAUCACCUGUAGAGAGCCCGUGUAGCUCACAAGCUGGAGCAUCGUCACUUCGAGCUAGCCGAUGGAGACAUGACGAUAUUUCGAAGGAGAAGAUUUUGAGCAUUUUGCAGACGGAGCUUAAGAAAAUUGAAGAGGAAACUACGGAGUCGAAGGUUGUUGUUCCAGUCAAACCGACGGCAACUGGAGGGAAUCGUCGCUUUUCUUCCAAUUCCACGUAUGAAUCCUCCUCGCUCACUGGAAAAUCUAGGCCAUCAACUGUCGAGCUCAUUCUGAAGCAGAGAAUCUCAACUGGGCUUCAACCUCUGACUCAGGCACAGUAUGACGCCUACACCGUUCUCGACACGGAUUUUCUUGUCAAGCAGAUCAAAGAGUUUUUGACAAUGAACUCGAUUUCUCAGCGACAAUUCGGAGAAUAUAUUCUUGGUCUGAGCCAGGGGAGUGUUUCGGAUUUGCUCGCAAGGCCGAAAACAUGGGCUCAGUUGACUCAAAAAGGCCGCGAACCAUUUAUCCGAAUGCAGUUGUUCAUGGAUGAUGUCGAAGCGUCGGAGGAGAAUGAUGAAAAGCAACCGAAGAUCACGAUUUGCGAUGAGGACAGUGAUUUGGCGAAGACUUUGGCUACACUGCUCAACGCGGUGCACAGGGAGCCCAGUGAGCCGAAAACCAGUGUGAAGCUUGAACCACUUUCGGAAAUUGAUGUGAUAAUGCAAGUUCCAAGUGCCAGUAAGCCCAGCAGCGUCGUAAAAUCGAUUGACGAAUCCUCCGGAGAGGAGAUUCUCGACACAUUCGAAAUUGUAUAUCAAGUGAAAGGAAUUCUAGAAGAAAAUGGGAUUUCCCCUCGAGUCUUCGGCGACGAAUAUCUCCAUUGUACCUCAUCAAUGUGUGCUGACUUGAUGAUUCGAACAAAAUCAUUUGAAAAUUCAAAAGCGUCGGAAAAAUUGAUGUAUACCAGGAUGAAGACGUUCCUGUCGGAUCCUAUUGCAAUUCCGCUGCUCGUCGAGAAAGAGGAGAGCAAGGAGACUGUCAAGGCGAAGAUUGAAAGUGUUCCAGCACCACGUGAAGCUCCUCGUCCAGUGAAGCGGAAGCAUUCUUCUGACACUGAUGACUAUGAUCUUAACACAAAGAAGCCUAUCCAGAGAACUGUUAUCACUGAUUAUCAGAAAGAUACUCUGCGAUUCGUGUUUGUUAAUGAGCAGCAUCCUUCCAACGAACUUUGCGAGCAGAUAUCUCUAAAACUGGAUAUGUCACUGAGAACCGUCCAAAACUGGUUCCACAAUCACCGAACUAGGAGCAAAGCGAGAGAGAAGGAGGGAAAAGUGUACUCUGAUGCUCUACCCAAUGGAACAGCAGUCAAAAGUCUCACCUGGAAGGAUGAUCUUCAGAAGAUGCUCGACGAAGCGCCGGCAAUCACUAGCCAAUGGGCUCCGGACUAUCAAAAUCGGGCGGGAUCCGUAAAAAGCUCGACUUCGGCGGAUUCUCCGACAAAUAACAAUUAUAGCUCGCCGAUUUUCAGUUUUGACAAAGCUUCGACUACUUCCACUGUGAAGAAACCGUCGUCAACUGGAAAGUUGGAUAAUCUGGUGGCUCGGAUGAUCAGAUUAGCCGAAGGACGAGAAGCGGCGGCGGCGAAAGCUUCCUAAACAGGCCUUGCCUACACGCCUGUAGGCAUCGUUGUGCCUGAAACCCCCAAAAGUGGCUGGUUCCACGUAUUCUAACCAAGUUGUUCAAUUACUUAUUCAAUCAAUUAUAUGUAUUUUUUUUAGUUCUUUUCCCUUCAUAAAAUGUCUGCCUAGACUGCCUGCCUAGGCACGUAGGCAGGCAGGCAGCUACCUAAAUUUCCCGAUCUCCUUUUGCAGCUUUCACUUUUCCCCCCUCUUAUAACCAUUCCAUUCUCUAAUCAUUGACCGGUAAAUCCCGCUUGUUCUCCAGAAAAAAAAUGAUUCUCAAAUUAUUAUUAUUCAAUUGAUCUCUCUCUUCUUAUUUGCAAUGUUGUCAUUUUUCAAUAAAUUUUUAAAUUUACAGAAAAAAAAA